UGUUUCAAUUCAUCAUAUGCUCCAUCUUUGGCUCUUCCUAUUCCCCGUUCUUUGUGUAGCUCAAACUAACAUAACUGUUGGAUCUUCUUUAACUGCCGCAAAUGGCAACUCUUCAUGGCUUUCUCCUUCUGGAGACUUCGCUUUCGGCUUUCGAUCAUUGUCCAACGGUAACAACGCCAAGGACGAGCGACUCUUCUUGCUUUCCAUUUGGUACAACAAGAUACUCGAAACUGUCGUCUGGUUUGCGAAUGGAGAUCGUCCUGCACCUGAAAAUUCGAAACUAGCGCUCACUUCAAUGGGGCUCGUCCUCACCAAUCCUCAAGGCGAGGAAUUGUGGAAAUCGGAGAGCAUUCUCGGUGAUGUCUCACUCGCCAUUUUCAAUGACACAGGCAAUUUUGUGAUUCUUGAUUCGAAAUCGGAGAAACUAUGGCAGAGCUUCGAAGACCCCCGUGAUACGUUGCUCCCUUCGCAGACGCUGGGGAAGAAUGAACUCCUUGCCUCUCGUCGAUCAGAGAAAUCUUCCAGAGGGAAAUUCCAGCUUCGGAUGCUGACAGGAGACCUCGUGCUCAACACGAUAAACCUGCCUUCCAAUCGUGCUAACGAGGAGUACAACAUCACCAAAACUGCUGGUGAUUCGAACAGAUCGGCCUCGUCGGGGAAAGAACUUGUGUUUAGUGACUCGGGAUCUCUGUUUGUUUUGAAGGAAAAUGACGAGGAAGUUUACCUCUCACAGGCGAAGGUGCCUUCGGCGUCGGAUUUUUAUCUCCGAGUGACGUUGGACUUCGAUGGGGUUUUACAGUAUGUGCACCCCAGGAACUCAAAUACUGACGGAAACUGGAGCAUCCUCUGGACCCAACCCGACAACAUAUGCUCAGCCAUUGUUUCUAAAAAUGGCAUCGGAGUUUGUGGGUACAAUAGCAUUUGACUCGGAGAAAAUAACAGGCCGAACUGUAGAUGCCCCGACCGAUACACCUUGGUCGAUCCCAGUGAUGAGCAUGGUAAUUGCGUACCGAACUUCACUUUGAGUUCUUGUUUGGAAGAUGAGGAUAAGCGGAACCAUGGUUCGGCCGAGGACAUCUACGCUUUCAAACUCGUGCUUGCACGACUGCAUGUGUGCGGCGGCUGUUUACAGAGAUCGCGUGAAUUGCUGGAAGAAGAGGCUCCCCUCUCCAAUGGGAGAGUCGACCCCCAGUUUAAUGGGAAGGCCAUGAUCAAAGUCCCGAAAAGCGACUCUACCUCCCACGAACGAUUCCAAAUUCCCAAUCCCAGAGCUGAAGUUAACAUCCUCUUCAUUGGUGCGAGCACUCUGGGUUUUUGCGUCAUCUACCGCAAGAAGCCUGAGAAAAUAAACCUUAGAGAAAAUCUAGUGGAGACGAAUUUGCGGUGUUUCACUUACCAGGAGCUCUUCAAUGCCACGGAUGGCUUCAAGGAAGAGCUAGGGAGGAGCGGGAUUGUUUAUAAAGGGUUUAUUCCUAGUGAUGUAGCGGUUGCUGUGAAGAAGCUGACUAACGUAUUUCAGGACAAGGAGAAGGAAUUCAGAACCGAAAUGAAUGUGAUCGGUCAGACCCAUCACAAGAAUCUGGUCAGGCUACUCGGCUUCUGCGAUGAAGGGCAAGAGAGGUUGCUGGUUUACGAGUUCUUGAGCAACGGCACGCUGUGGAGCCUUCUCUUUACUGGUGAAUCCAGACCCAGUUGGAACCAAAGAUGCCAAAUCGCUUCAGCAAUUGCCAGAGGACUGCUCUACUUGCAUGAAGAGUGCACCAUGCAGAUCAUCCACUGCGACAUCAAGCCACGGAACAUCCUCCUCGACGAGUACUACAACGCGAGGAUCUCCGAUUUCGGAUUGGCCAAGCUCCUGAAGAUGGACCAGAGCUAUACUCUCACAAACAUCAGAGGAACAAGAGGGUAUGUCGCUCCUGAAUGGUUCAGGAGCUUGCCGAUCACCGUGAAAGUAGAUGUUUAUAGCUAUGGGGUGUUGCUGCUGGAGAUAAUAUGUUGUAGGAGUUGUUUGGGGGCGAAGUGGGUGGAGAGAGAGAGAGAGCUGUUGACUGAUUGGGCUUACGAUUGCUUUAAGGAUGGAAAAUUGGAUGCUCUCGUGGAAGGCGACAUCGAAGCUUUGAGUGAGAGGGAGAAGCUGAAGAAUUUGGCGAUGGUUGCGUUUUGGUGCGUACAAGAGGACCCGUCAUUGAGGCCAACUAUGAAGAAGGUGACUCAGAUGCUGGACGGAACAGUGGAAGUGCCGGUCCCUCCAUGUCCAUUCGCUUUUAGUAGCUGCACCACCAUCAUUCCUAAAUGAGAGCUGAGCUUCAAGCUAUGAACUUUAAUCUACUUAUGCUAUGAUGGGCAUACCAUACUCCACCGCUUGUUUUGCAGCUUGAAGUGUUGCAAUUUGUCUUCUUUGCAGUGUAUUGACUCUAAAACGUGCAACAUAGUGAUGCAAGUUCUUUUUCAAAUGAGUAUUGUAAAUCUCAUAUGUCUUGAAUAGAUUUUCUGCACUUGUUGAAUCUAA